AUGGAAGAACUUACCGCUUUUGUUUCCAAGUCGUUUGAUCAGAAAGUGAAAGAGAAAAAGGAGCUCAUCACCUACCGGGAGGUUCUGGAGAGCGGACCCGUCCGGGGAGCCAAGGAGUCCGGAGGAUCCAGCGAGCCCGGCCGCGAGGACGGCAGCAGCCCCGCAGCUCGGGGGGCGGCCGGAGCAGGAGGCGGCGGCGGCGGCGCAGGUGGCCGGUCGCCGGUCCGAGAGCUGGACAUGGGCGCCGUCGACAGGGCCAGGGACACGGGCACCCCCAAGCUCAGCGAAGGUAACGAGCCCUCCUCUGCCCAGCGGGUCGGGGGGCGCGCCUGGCAGGCUGGCUAGAGGCAGGGGACCGCGCGUAAAGAACCAGAUGCUGGGAGUACUAGGGGGAGGGGGAGAAUCGGGGGAAGGGUGCUUCCUGGGGUGGGCGGGGUGGGGACCAUGUGUGUGGUUUGACUCCGAGGACCCCCACCACCACCUCCCCAAAUGCGCGCUGUUACGUCCGGUUGGACCUCAGCGGCGGGGGAACUUGCCAGGGAACGGAUGGAGGAGGCAGAGCGCGCGCGUUGGCGUCCAGACGCGGAGCCGGCUGGUCUUUUCGACUGGGGGAAAGAGCCCACUCCAUUAAUGUGGAUGGAUACUUUUUCUGGGCCGUUUCAAAGCGGCCAGAUUGUGAGAACACCGCAAGCCGGCCAUCGCUUGACCGUAGGCUGCUAGUCUGGGACCUGAUAAUGUGUGGCGCGUUUUUCCUGGCUGAACUCUAGCUAUGUUUGGGGGAUGUGGGCUUUUUUUGUUCUUUCUCUCUUCCCAAUCCCAAGGAAGGGAAUCUGUAAAAUCACAAUCUCUCGCCCUCCUGGGUUAGGCAGACCAUAGUUUGGCUUGUGCAUGUGUGUGUCUAGUUAUAUGCACAAAUAUUUCCUCCGUGAGUAGAUGGGAAGAAUAAAAUCCUGAUUGUCAGGCUUUGCGUUGAGCUGUUCUGGAAACGGUGACAGGUUUUUGAAUCCGGGAGGUUAUCCCUGUAAAGGUUCCAAUAUCUUCUCCCGUUUAAAGUAAUUUACGCAGUCUAGGAGCCCAAUGUAUUGUAAAUUAAGAUGUGCCGACUAUUUUGUUCCCAAUUGAGCGAAAAUAAUAUAUGGCUCCGAGUUCUAGCUAUCAAAAUAUUUAAGCAGAGAAUUAAUUUGCUCCUGCUAUGUAGACCCUUUCCUAUUUGCAAUGUAAAAUGAGGGGGAGGGGAUGUGGCACUGGAAACAAAUGCGAAAUUAAACGAAUUUAUUUCUGUUUAAGGCGGCUUAGAAAACUCCCUAAAUAUCAUUAAAAGUUUGAAACGCAGUUGUUUAUUUGUGAAUGAAAGUAUCAAAUAUUGGGCACACUAAAAGAAGGGAGCCUAUAUGGUACUUCUUUUUCUCCAAGUGCAUUUCCUAGGAAGGGUGAAUAGUUAUAUGAAAACAAACCAUACAUUUCUAAGUAGUUAUGCAAUGUUAGGAACACUGCUUAUAAGUAAUACUGAAAUCCAAGCGAAGUGUUUCGCUUUUAUUCCUCGAUGCUCUCGACUUCUUUAAGAUUUUAUACUGGUGUGUAGGGUGGUGGGGGAGAGGAAGAGGAAUAAAUGAUAAUGCGCUUUGCAAAAAACAACAACACCAAACCUCUCCUGUUUGCUUAUCCAAAGAUCCCCUCGGCUUUCAAGCAUAUUUGAAUACCUGCGUGCGGUUUGAGGAUGCAGAUGUCAUAGUCGAGGGAGGAGGGUUUAUUUCAACUCUUUUGUUCAAGGAAAGUAGCUCUCUCCAGGUCGGAACUGAACAGCAGACAUCAUCCGGAAAUGAUUUUAUAAACAAAUUCUGAAUAUGAUUAGAGACCAACGCAGCUCCAGUAAACAAACUUCGGCGUGGCGGUGGGCAAAUACAUUCGGGGAGGGAAGGAAGGAAGCAAGCGGGAGAACCCGGUUUGUAGAUUAGGAAACCCCCCACAGCCUGAAUGAACCGCGUCACGCCGCCACGUUUACACCGGGCCUAGUGUCCAAAGCGAAAUGUGUGAAACGGUUGGUGCUGCGGAAGAACAGACGGGAAACGAGCAAUACUUUAAUCAACGGGCACGGCGUUCUGCACAGUAAUAUCAGGUCGGAAGGUCCCUGCCCCAAGGAGCCUACAAUAUAUAUUUCGACAGGGUGAAGGGGAAACAGACGGAGGUUUAGUGGGAGGAAGCAGGAGGGUGAUCAAACUUUACGCACUCUUCUUAGUUCAAAAACAGUUGCUCCGAUAACGAUACCAUUUAGGGAGCUCGUUCUCCACCUCCCUAGUAAAUAAAGGCAAGCAUGCCUUGACUUCCCCGCAAGCAGGAGGCUUCAAGAAGCCAUAGCAGCGGCGGUCGCGCGUCAGAUCCCCCAUCGACACCUGCUGCUGUGAUUUUGAAAAGGUGCCACUUGAAAGGCCACGCGGGUUUCACAGCAGCCAGCGCCAACGUCGAGAAGACGCGGAGCGUAACGGCGCUGCAGUUCUAUGGGAUCUUGCCGGCGCUUUCAAUGGGAGGCGUGCCGUGACCGGUGCGAGAGGGAGGAAGGGAGACCUUAAAGUCUUUGGGACUUCGGGGCGUGCGUAUUCCGGACUUGUUUCUUCUUGUCCCGAACCGGAAUUGGGGAAAAGAGGUCCCUCUCCCUCUCUUCCUCCUGAGAAGACGGUGGAGCUCUCAGGACAGACCUGCUGCCCCUUCCCAGACAGGUGUAGACUACGCAUUGCUCGGAGCGUCUCUCCUAAUAAUAAUAAUAAUAAUAAUAAUAAUAAUAAUAUCGCUGUCAAAGACCAAGCUGACCGCUGUGCAGGAGGAGAGCCAGCUCUUGGGCAGAUUUUUAAAGUCUUUCUAGACUUAAACUUAACACACACAAAUAAAUAAAUAGGAUGGACCUGCGUUCUGCGGUGGCUUUGGGAACUGCUGGCAGAAACCCCGGGCCCUCCUCGAUCAAACCGCGCAGGUCAGCGCCCUUAGAACUGAAGCAGGCGCCCGGGUCCGGGCAGGGCAAAACAAAAGUUGAGGAGGACAGGGGCUGGUCCUUUGGAAAUAGAGAACUCUCUUCCCAAUGACUAGGGUGGGCCUUCCUAGCCUGGAACAAGAUCCAGGGCAAAACUAUUCAGGGAAAGUCUGCGAUCCCAUAAAAGCACACUUGUAAGACUGCAUGCUAAGACUUGUGAAUACCUUUUUGAACUCAGUGUGGCUUUUAACUUCUGUGUAGAAGUACCUAGGAUUGCGCUGUGGGAGCAGCGGUGAUAUAUAUGUGGGGGGUAUAAACAUAACGCAUAAAUGUAAGUCCCACUGGAUUCAACGAGGCUUACACUUCCUAGGAAGUGCAGCCUCUAAGUUCCUCCUUUGAUCGUCCAGAGGACGUGCUGCUUUCCUUCUGGUGGGCCUGGGAUCUGAAGCGAAGCCACGAGCGACCCGGGCCAGGCUGCGCCCUCGGCUGCACAGGCGCCGGGUACCAGCUCGCGGGGCUCUGCUUGGGCCCUCCUUCGCUUCAGCCUCGCCACUGGGAAGAGAGGUGACCUUUGAGCGUUUCAUUGAUCCCUGCCACCGCUGCUCCUCCUCCUCCUCCUCCUCCCCCCACUUCUGCUUGACUUAAGGUAAAACACAAGUGGGGGAAGGGCCAGAGCUCAGUGGCAGAGAUUCUGCUUUGCAUGUAGAAGGUCCCAGGUUCAAUCCCCGGCGUCUCCAGGUAGGGCUGGUGAGAGAGAUUCGCCGGCCUGAAAUCGCAGAGAGCCGCUGCCAGCCAGUGCAGACAAUCCUGAACUCUAUGGACCAAGGCUCUGAUAUGGCAUAAGACAGUUUUUGUGUUUGUUGGAAACCCAGAUCAGGCGCUGGCCUCGUGGUUCAGGGAUGGUUGGGUAGUUGCUUUUUUGUUUUGUUUUGCUUGUGUGUCUCUGGUGGUGUUUUGGUUUUGCCUCUUUAUUUUGUUGUUGUUGUUGCUCCGUCUCCAGUUUCCCCCGAGCUGAAGGACCGCAAAGAGGAUGCCAAAGUGAUGGAAGACGAAGGACAGACGAAAAUCAAGCAGAGGAGAAGCCGGACCAAUUUCACCCUGGAGCAGCUGAACGAGCUGGAGAGGCUCUUCGACGAGACCCAUUACCCGGACGCUUUCAUGAGAGAGGAGCUCAGCCAGAGGUUGGGUUUGUCCGAAGCUCGGGUGCAGGUAAGCAUGGAAAUCCUUUCGGCUUCUGCUGGGGAGGGGCUCCUCCACGAGGAUCCUGGGAAGGGACCUUCAUACGGACUAGCUGCCCUGGGAGCUGCCACGACUCCGGAUUCAUUCCCACUGCGCUCCGUUCCGAACCAAGAGGCUUAGGAUCGCGCGCUGCAUUGGCAAGCAAGUCACAAAGUGGACUUGCUUCCUCUUUCAUGGAUGGUUGGUAGCGGUAGGUUCGGAUCCGGUGGGUGCCCUUCUUCUGCAAGCUUUUGCUUGGGGGGGGGGGUGAAUAGUAUGGCGCUAGGAGAGGAAGGGGGCUUCCACCAAAAGGUUGUUCCUGGUCCUGAGUAGACAAGAGUGGCGAAUCCGGAGUACAGCAGACCUUGUGUUGUAGUAUCUGCGCGCUUUCGGCCUCAUCCUAAAUGUACACCUAUGAGUUGGGAGGAAAUGUCAUUUCCUGGUGCGUUUUGCUUAGGGGCUACAAGGGGCUGUUUCCAUCUUCAUAGAAGAAUUUUGCUUCCAUAGUUCCGCCAACAUCGAGAUGUGCUGGCCUCUCUUGUGUCCCAUUUCUUCCGAUUCUCCGCUUGCUAUCUUUAGAACCAUCCAGGUCUAUGGUAUUUUACAGUAUCAUUUUUUAACAAAAAGCAAAGGUCUCUGCCAGAAAGAGCUUACAAUCUAAAACUGAAACAGUAGCUAGUGAGAAAAAAUUGAGCCAAUUGAGGAGAGUGAACAGUGCUCAAAGUAGGCGUGUAAGUGUGGUUGGUAGUGUGCUUAAGUGCGGUUUCUAUGACUUCGGAUAGCUAAGCUUUCCGUGUGGGGGAAAAUACCGAGUCCAUGUGUAUUAUAUUCUCCUUCUGCCUUUAAACAUUGAUCCUAGCUCAGUUUCUUUUCUUUCUUUCUUUUUUAAAGUAGAAGGCGGAUGUAUGAAUUAACUUUAUAGAAGGGCUGACUAAUAAACGAAAUUGGGAGUUGCUAAAGUGUACACAGUUACAGUCCAUUUACUUUUUUUAAAAGGGGAAGUAAUUAAAAAAAUCCCCCAGGGACUCAGAAAAGGAACAGAUACAGGCAGCGCGGGGCUUGGAUAAUGCAGCCGGAUUUCAAAGAGCUGUUUGGAGACCAUCUUCCCCUUACACCGUCCAGAGAUUGCUGGGGAUCUUUGUCAAGCUGCCCCCGUCCCCCACCCCCAGAGGGGAAAAAAGAGGCUCUGGUCCAGAAAAGGCAGGACUUGGGUCCAGAGGUAGAAGCGCGGCUCCAGCCAGAGGCCCGGAGACCCUUGUCCAGCGGGAGCGAAGGCGACCCGUCAUUCCAGCGUCGUUUCCGCAGAAAACUGGGCCGCCUUUGUAGGAACACAUGGAGAGCACUUCCAGGCCCCCCGAACAUCUGCAGCCGGGAGGCUAAGCAGCGACUCCUGGCUUGUAACAGAUACCUUCUCUCUCCCGCCCCCCUUCCUUCCAUCUUUGUUGCUCGUAGGCUCUGCCAUCUGCACCAAAACGGCUCUUCGGCUCUUAAAGGCUUUUUCUCUGCAUCUUGUAAUCGGAUAAAGGCAGACACUGAACAGCCACGUUGUAGCAAAGGGCUGUGUGUGUGUGUGGGUUUGUGUGAGAGACAGUGCUGGGGGAGAGCAGAAUUUUUGAAAGACAUCGCAGCUUAAAGAAAAAGAUUCUUCCUUCUUUUUUAUCUGCCUCUGCUUUUCUGAUUUUAUAAACACACACACACCACGCUAUGGAGUGUGGCUGUAUGUCCAUAUCUAUAUUAUAUAUAGAUUUCUAUGUAGGCGGCGAUACCUACGGAGGGAGAUUUGCCUGACUCAACAAAAGAAUAACCAGUGCCCACCAUAAUCCAUACAGAAUAACUUUCAGAGAUUUGCAUAAAUUAAGGCCUCCUUCCUUUUAAAUGGCCCCAGAAAACGCUUCGCUGUGAUUUUGUUUCAAACUUUGCUUCCCAGCUCCCAUUGGCAGAUGGUGAGAAGGCGAGCCUGGAAGGCGGCAGGGGUAUGCGCUGGAAGCUGAAAUGAACGCCCCCCCCCUUCAUUCUUCCCUAGCCAUCUUUACUCGGAAGUAGACACCGUGGGUUUACUUUCGAGUGAGCACGCUCAGGCGCGCAAUCUAACGGCGCGCUUUUCAAAGGUGUGUUGCUUUGUGAAAAUGCACAGGAUCGGACUGCGCGGUCGCGAUCUCGUGCAAGUUCGUGUUGACCGGCUCCCAGGUCAGCGGGCUCAAAGCCCGAUCUUGUUGCCUGGAAGAGGGACCGACUCUGCUCAGGGGGCCUUCGGCUCGGAAAGCGCAACCAGGAUGGCGACCUCCGGCUGUCAUAAUUUUCAGGAUCGGUUGGCAUAUCUUGCUUCCUUGGAAGGAAGCGCCAUUGAAAGAAACGUCACACUACGUGUGUCAGACUCCUGGGGUGUUCGUUUGAAUGUGGAAACGGACAGGAUUCGUGCCUCCAGAUGUUGACAGUUUAAAGAAUAAGAUCCCAAUCAGCCUUCACGUCUCUCGUUGCCCCUCCUCUCCUCCCCCGCCUUUAAAAGGGUCUUGAGGGAAGAAGGAUCACAUGAUAGUGAGGACCUUUGAGAUGGAAAACAGAUCUCUCCCCCCAGCGCUUUCCCCCAAUAUAUAAACCCGGGCUCAAGAUUUUAAAGCACUUUUAAGUUCCAUUGAUUUCAGUGGCAGAGAAACACACUCCCACUGAAAUGAAUGGGGCUGAAAUAAGUGCCCGAUCCUCUACCCCUCCCCGGUUUACUCGGAGGGCAGUCCUUCUGAGUUCAAUGGGACUUACUCCCUAGCAAGCAAACCUUCUUGAACUCAGUGGGGCUUACAUCUGCGUGGAAACGCAUAGGGUCGGGCUGCCCAAGCACACCGGCCUGGCCCCAAGGCUGUAGGUACACCUCAUAUUCUCUCUCUCAGGUUUUCAAACUUUUCCCCAUUUCCAACUGCCAAAGUUAUCUCCUUGCCUGGAGUGAAGCUCUCUCUCCCCCCCCCCCAUCUCUUCCGAUGGCAGCAAAUUAGAUUAUCAUAAUAAUGAGACAAUUAUUCCGCUUCUGUGUUACACUCCACUGCACAGAGGAACAGAGAAUUUUCCAACUUCUUUGUAGUGAAGCUUUUAUGACAGUAAUUACCCCCCAAAAGUGAGUCAUUAAACGCUUUGGUGUUUCGUUUUUCUUGAAGAUAAAGCUAAUUAAUAUUACAGGCUUUUAAUGAGCGCAUUCUUCUCGGGUCUUAUUGCGCAAACAUCUAAACCCCUUUAUCACUAGUUUUUUGUGUGGUGUGUGUGUGUGUUUUAGCAUUAGAUAGCACGGCGAGAUGGAGGGGAGGGGGGAGGCCUGGUGGGGAUUCGGCUGGCGAAAGAUGAAACGGGCCCGGAGAAAGUAAUUGAGCAAGAACCAGAACAGGCGGCAACUGUCCAUAUCCUAGAACUGCGCUCUUUUAAGUUCCGAUUCUAAAGCGGGUAGGGAGGGAGCGACGCUCAGGCAAAGUUUAGGAGUUCGUCAGCUUCAUCCCAGGCCCAUCCUAGGCGCCUUCCUUGCCUUUCCAAUGCUGGUGGUGCAAUCUACUCCCGAGGGCCGGAGGGACAUGCAACUGGCCCCUGGCAUUGUAAUAUUUCCCAUUCGUUUUAGCAAAACGACUCCUAAGUAAACUCUCCCCUCCCUAAAACGCAGUUUGGAAUUAUAAUUAGCAACAAAACGGCCCUUCUAUCCUAACCCAACGGGAACUAGCCAAAUUUCGCCCAUCUAACUCCCCUGCUUAACGGGAGCGAUCCUAUUCUAGUCUACUCAGAAGUAAGUCCUAUUGUGAGUUCAGUGGGGUUUGCUUCCAUGUCGGUGUGUAUAGGAUUUUAGCUCUUAACUGAAGAUUAAAUGUAAGGGCUGUGCCUCACUUUUACUCGGAAAGGGAGUGAGUUGAACUGAUUUUACUCGUAACUCUUUCCAAGUAAGGCUGCACCUUGCACUCUGAGCACACCUACUUGGAUAAACUUCUACUGAAACGUGGGUCUUGCUCCGGAGUAAAUAUGCAAAGUUUUCAGAAGCAUCUUUCUUUAGGAUUCAAGCCUAAAAUAGUAACUGUGAAAGAGGAAAAGGAGACUGAUACUUUGGAUUUGUUUUGGGUCGGAACUGAGGCGGGGGGGGGCAGAGAGAAGGUAAGGGAAAUCAGAGAACUAGGUUGGUAUUGCAUGUGAAGAUGCACAGAGUUACGGAUUCAGUUACUGGCUUGUGUAAUUGUGUGUGUGUUGAAGUUCUAGGGGACUACUUUUAUAUGAGCUAAAGAAUUGAAAUGUGGAGCACGUGUAGUCCAAGGAAGUUGAUUACUGUAAAUAUCUGAAAACAAGACUCCCUCCCCAAACAGAGGAGACUCCAUGUUGCAGCUCAAAAUGGUCACUCUCAAACUAUUCGAGAAUUUGAAACUUGCUACACAAGUCAUCCCAAUUUCUAGACUCCUCUGAACGCGAAACCCUUUGCUGUUUUCUCUUUAAAAAGUCGAAGCAAGAUUUUGUCACCUCCCAACAGUUUACGUGACGCGCAGAUGGCUGAAAUCUGGCACGCACGUAAUCCAAAAUUCUCUGAAGUGCAACAUUUCGAAAGGGAUACAUUUGCUUCUCCCUAGAAACGGGAAGGGAGGGGGCUUGUUGACCCCCAAAUCGUUAAGAAACUUCAAUAAAACUGAAAUCUGGUUAUGUGGUUUACUAAACUUUCUUGAUUACUAUGUAAACUCUUAAAAAAAGAAAGAAAAAAGGACAUGUUUGCACCUAACAGUGUAACCCUAUUCAUGGCUACCCAGAAGCCAAUCCUACUUGGUUUCGUGAGACUUUUCCCCAGGUAAAUGCGCGUAGGGUUGUCUCCUAAGUGUCCAAUUUACUGGCGUGUUCAGAUGCAAACCAAAGAGGUCUCGCUUGCCCCUUUAAUAGUAAUACAGAAGAAAGAAUUUCAGCGCCUGUGGCUUGUCAUGAAACUAUUAAAGGUGCAUGCAAGACCCACCUCCUCGUUCGCCUCUGGACACCCUGGUCAAAACUGUGGGCCUAGAUUAUUUUAGGUCGCACGCGCAGUGCGGAGUUUCCAGUAAGAUUUGGAUUGUGGAGAGGAAGGCUCCCAGUAGGAGCCAGGAAGAUAACGCUGCUGGGGUCAUUGACUGGUUUUAAGCAUGGCCAGAGAAAUCACUGUGUGCAGAUAAAUAGAUAGAUGCGGCUUUGUAUUGAGCUCGCCUUCUUCCUGUCUGCGCAGGUAUGGUUUCAGAACAGAAGAGCUAAAUGCAGAAAGCAAGAAAACCAACUCCACAAAGGUAGGUGAAUUUUAUCAGCGGCGCGCGUAAACGGGUUCAAACGUUUCUGGCCCAGGGAAUACAACCCUCCCCUUUAAAUUCUAGGCUCUUGGGGCCUCGUUUUGCCUCUCCCCCAAACCUCCAGGCUCUUCCUUGCCUAAGGCUGCACACUUACCUGGAAAUAAGCCCCAUUGGGCACGAUACGCGCCGCCAACGCGCAAAGAGCCAAGGGAGCAUUCCCAGCGAAGUGAAAUAAAAAAUAGAUGUCCUGUGCUUUUUAGCUCAGUUUCUGACCGAUCCCUGCCUCUGUUCUUGCAGGAGUCCUCAUAGGAGCAGCCAGCCAGUUUGAAGCGUGCCGGGUUGCCCCCUACGUGAACGUGGGCGCUUUGAGGAUGCCUUUCCAGCAGGCAAGUACAAAGGGAGAAUCCCGGGGGCGUCAGCCCCAUAAUGGUAGGAAGGGCCACAAGAUGGCCUUCCCGCAGGUGCCCCAUUAUCUCUCUCUCUCUCUGGUUUGUCAAUCAUAUGCGCAAAAGGAACGUUUAAAAGUUGCAUUUCUGCGGGGAGGAGAUUGGACGCGUUUGUGUUUUGUCUGGGCACUGAACACUCCGAUCUUGAGUGCAUGUGCCGUGCAGUCCGACCCGGUCUCUGUGUGCUUUCUUGGAAACAAGCUCCUGUUGAGCUCAGUGGGACUUGGCCAGCGCGUAUUAAAGGCGCGCAGGGCGGCUGCUGCUGCAGCUUUUCUGCCGUUCGGUGCUGCAGAUUCAAAUGGUGGUACUGAUUUAAAGGGGAAUUUUGUCCCAUUGGUCUCGAAGGGAGCUUAAUUCCUAGGAAGAGUGCUUAGGAUCCGCAUAGUCCGAAAUGUGCUGAGGCGGCAUUUGUGCGUACCAGGGGUCGGGAAGUGAAUCUGGGUUUCCCAUUAGAUGCUCAGGGGAUCUCGUUCAUGCUUAGUAUCUGGAAACGCCGUGGGGUUUCCUUUCUCGAAAGUGGAACGCAGGAAGUUAUACAGUACCGAGUCCGAUCAUGAGUCCAGCUGGUUCAGGAUUGUCCAAAACUGACUGGAAGUGACACAGAGAUGGGUGUUCCCAGUAAUACCUGGAGUUGGCAGGGAUUGAAACUGGGAGCUUUGGCAUGAAAAGCAGAUGCUCUACCACGGGGCUGUGGCAGAGGACCACAGCUUUAAGGGCUCAUUUAAGCCAGGUUCUAUCUCAACCUCCUAUGCAUGUUUACUCAGAACUUAAGGCGUUUAAUGUGGCUUAUUGCCUAGUAAAUUCACAUAGGGUGGCAGCCUCAGUGAGCCUGCCCAGCUCUCUGUAGGCUCCUGUGAAUUCCUGAGCUGCCACCCAAAUGAGAGGAAUUGAUUUUGAUGGGUUUAUCAAUGCAAAAAUACAUAAGUGUGCAUGACUAUACGGUGUGUGUAUUUAUUUAAUUCUAGUAAUACGAUCAGUAGGGGGGUGGCCAGUUGUGGUGGUUUCUUGAAAAAAAAAAAACACCUCAAGUUUUAUGUGGCUUUAUGAACUAGCAGGCAUGUAGUCUGGAUUAAUUUUAACAGAAGAGCCUGAGUCCUACAGAUACCACUUUUAUUUCCCCCUUUUAGAGUAGUGUCUAUCUUUAGCAACCUACAUUGGUAAUGAAAAGAAAACCUUACAAGCCUGAUGGUAAGGUAUCCCUGGCACAGUCAAGUCCUCUUCCAAAGUGGGCAGCUUGUUAUCCUCCUAACAUUUUUGGCCUUAAACUCCCACCAGGCCCAGCCAGUGUCGCCAACGGCCUCACAUGAUGGGAACUCUGGCAUAACUUCAAUGGGCAUAGACAUUCCUAACUCAGCCCCUGCCCUGAAAUAUGGUAAUUACUUGGAAGUUAUCUUCAGCUGAUUUCAACAGAGCUUCUAAGUAAUCUAAUUAAGAAUAAGUAUGUUGGACCUCAAAACUCAGUGGGUUCUUCUUCCAUACCUUUCGUAGAUUAAUUGUCUUCUGUCCUAGAGAAGUUGCACAUUUCAGGCUUAUUGACCUCAGUGGUCAAUGUUCUAAUGGCAAUGAUAUUGGUGUGCUUUAAAUUGAAACGGCUCAUCAUUUGGUUGUAGACAAAUAGCUAUCUCUUAAGCACUGGUUCUAGGCACAUGAAACUCAGUGGGGCUAACCUCUGACUAAACAUGCAUGAGCCAUGUGUAGAUUGAGAGAUUCUCCCUUGCGAAAUGAGGGUAAGGAGGGGAGAGAGAAGACUCUGCCGGCCGUCUGCAUCCAUGAUAAAUAAAAGCAGUGGCAACAAUAGUUGUCUCAAACUGUGGAUGGUGCUGGGGUUGAUAAGGUGUGGGUAAUAACACCAUAAAGGUCAUAUGGGAGAUGACUGAGAGCAACAGAUGUGUACAGUCAUUAGAGAGCUGAGAGGAAAGGAGCAAGAUAAAGGAGGGCCCUCUGCACUGUCUUGAUGCUAUCAAGGCUGCAGUCUUGAAGUUCAGUGGCAUUUAAGCAAACUGAAUGUGUGCAGGAUUGUAGCCAAGGGCAGGUUAGCAUCCACGGCGAAUGCCUGUUUCUCCUUUUGCUCUGUUUUUUUUUUUUUAAAUUAAAUGGACCUUAGGGCAGGAUAAUUACUUCACCUGUCUUCAGAUGGUGUGGACAGAUGAGCAAGCAAAAGUGUUUAGAAAAAAAUGGUCAAAGCAGAUGAGUGAACAAGCAAACUGGACAAAAAGGGCAGUUAAGCCCAUUCAUUGGAAAGCAGGAGUCUGUGUUAAGUGUAGAGGGAGGAGAGAAAGAGAAGUGCAGCCAAUUAGCCUCUAUUUUGCUUAUGGUUAGUCAACUAGCAUGCAAAACCAGCUGGCAGUAACCGCAAGCAGAAAACCAGAAGCAGUCGACACAAGAGGGUACCUCUUAGCCAUAGCCAAAGAAGCACUACUUAUGAGUAGAGCCUGAAAUAAGGUACAUGCUGCUGGCAGAAGGCACACGAAACUGACAAGUUAAUCAAUGUAGGACAUAGCCCAACUAGUCAGAAGUUCAGGGAGAUUAGGAAGGAGCACCCAUCCACAGAUCAGUGCAUACUUACUGCAUUUCACAAGGCCGUCCAGGAGAAAUAGCUUGCAUAUUUAACCAAAUCACCAAUUGGAUUGUCUGCCAACCAGAAAGGCUUAGUUUACAAGAGGAAAUGUGCUAGGCAGGGAUGGGGAACGUGUGGUCCUCCAGCAGUUUUUGGACUUCAGCUCCCAUCAGUCUCAGCCAGUCCAGUAAACUCAGAAGAAAGGCGACCAGGGAUUAUGCAUGCCAACGGUCAGAAGUGAUGGGAGCUGUAGUCUAGUAACAACUGUCAGGCCACAGGUUCCCAUCCCCGCGCUGGAGGAUUAUGCUUGCAUGAAAGUAACAUAAUGUGACCUGGAAGUCUUUUGCACAAUCCCUAAAAUAUGACAGUGAGGGGUAACACUCUGCACAUGUUUAUAGGAUGAAUACUAUCACUUGGCUCAGGGCUCAAUGAGUCAAGGCUUAGACCUGUUAUAAUACAGGCUCUGUGACUGCGCUCAGAAGCAGUUUUUCCCCACUACUUGGGAACUACAGAAAGACCUCACAUGCUUGGGAUUAAGCCAGAGGUUUUCAACCUUUUUGAGUUCAUGGCUCCCUUAACCAACUACAGUGGACGCUCGUGUUGCAAACGUGAUCCACGCAGGAUGCAUGUUUGCAACCCGCGGGUUGCGAUUCGGCGCUUCUGCGCAUGUGCAAAGUGUGAUUUAGCAAAUGCGUGACCGCCAAAACCUGGAAGUAACCCGUUCUGGUACUUCCAGGUUUUGCCAGGUCCGCAACCCGAAAAAACGCAACCUGAAGUGUCUGUAACCCGAGGUAUGACUGUACAUUCUUUUUGCGGCACCCUGUGGGGCUCAGGAGCCCAGUUAUGUCACCCCUUGCCUGCAGAGCUGGCAGCCUCUCACCCUUUUUCAAACACCCUCCCUCAGCCUCCUCUCCCCUCUUCUUGGGGGUCCUCCAGGCAUCUGCUGCUGACACCCCAGUCUCUGAGCUCACCCCAAAGAGAGGUACCUCCUCACGCUGCCCCACGGGGGCCUGGGAAGAUGAUGCUCCCAGCCUUAGUGGCCCAGCGGACACUGGCCAAAGGUGAAUGUGAGGCCAGCACCUUACCUUGGGAGGCAGCAGCGGCACCAGUGGGUGCUUCUGGGCCUGCUUGGUGGAAAGACGCCCCUUCAGCACGGGGCACUUGGCUCCCAGGCAGGUCUUGCACACAGCAAGCACAAGAAAGGCCAGCCUGGCCUCCCACUUGUCUGUCCAUUGCCAGCCGCAAGGGCUGGUGGACUGGCUGGCUGGGCUUCCUCGCCUGCUUGCUUGCUUACUCCAAGGCUGCCUCAGCUUCUGGCAACCAGCACUCCCUGGCCAGCCCCAGAGGUACCAUUCGCCUGGGGAGCUUGUAGCCAGGGCGCUGCAACAAACAGCUGUGCAAGCCUUUGGGAGGCAGAGAUGCGAGAGGGCAUCAGAGUAUAGGGGAAGGAAAAAGGGAUGGAGGCCAGCGUUGCCUGCGGCACCCCUGACCAUCAUGUAAGGCACCCCAGGGUGCCAUGGUUGAAAACCACUGGAUUAAGCAAUAAGUGUGUCUUUUUCAGAAAUAGCCUGUCUUAAAUAAUCACUCAAGGACCUGGGGGAAAAAAUCACAAAUUGUGGUCUGGCUAUAGGUAAAGGUAAAGGGACCCCUGACCAUUAGGUCCAGUCGUGGCCGACUCUGGGGUUGCGGCACUCAUCUCACUUUAUUGGCCAAGGGAGCCAGCGUACAGCUUCCGGGUCAUGUGGCCAGCAUGACGAAGCCGCUUCUGGCGAGCCAGAGCAGUGCACGGAAACGCCGUUUACCUUCCUGCUGGAGUGGAACCUAUUUAUCUACUUGCACUUUGACGUGCUUUCCAACUGCUAGGUUGGCAGGAGCAGGGACUGAGCAACAGGAGCUUACCCUGUCGCGGGGAUUCGAACCGCCGACCUUCUGAUCGGCAAGUCCUAGGCUCUGUGGCUAUGCUGUGCUCUAAUUCUAAAGCUGUGGGGGACUGGCUAUGAUUACUUGGGUCCUAAGGAAAGGCAUUCUGCACAUGCUCAGGGACUUUUGUUUUGACAGAGGCCAGAUAUUUCAGGACUGUGAUAGAAGUUCUGAAGCUGAGGUGUAUACCUCAAAUGCCGUUAACUGGUUAUUGCUUUCCUGAAUAUGAUGACCUGGUUGUUUCAGUGCCAGCAACUAGGUUUUGGUUAGUUUUCUUCAUUCAUUCAUUCAUUUGGAAACUGUCUGGUAGCUGGGGCGGUUGCCUUGCAUAGAGAAGGGUCCGGGUUCAGUCCCCAGUAUCUCCAGGUAGGGGUUGGACAAACCUAGACCUGGAGGCCCAGCGUGCUGCUGCCACUGCUCAUUGUAAGGGUAGCCAUCUAUACAGAGAUGGAUUGGACCCAUGGUCUGACUUGGUACAAGGCAGCUUCCUGUGGUGUUGUGCAAAUGUAAGGCUUCGGUGCUAAUGGAUUAAAUUCCAUUGAACACUGAUGAUGGUUUUCUUCCCAGUAAGCAUGCUGCACAAAUCACAGAGUGAUAGAAUGGUAGCAUUGGAAGGGACCGCGAGGGUCAUCUAGCCCAACCCUCUGGCAUGCAAGAAUCUUUCGCCCACCGUGGGGCUCAAACAGAGAUUAGGUGUCUCAUCAACCCAAAAUAAAUCCACGCUGCAAUCUUAGUUACAUUUUGCUCAGUGAAAGUCCCACUCUUCCCAGUGGGCCUUACUAUUAGGCACAAAGGGUUGUAGCCCUCAAUCCAGCCGCAAUCAGACUUGUGCGCACAAACCCUUCUCUCUCUCUUUUAAAGGCAGGUACUAAAACAAAAACACAGAGCCUAAGCCUAAGCAUCUUCAGUGCUCCAUUUAUGAAGAGUAACAUCCUGUGGCCUUUUAAUAUGUGGUGGGUUUUUGUGGGGAGGGUGGUUAUUGGGUUGUUGUUGUUAUUUUGAUUACAUAUUUUGCAGUUUCAUAAUUUGAUUUUGUGAAGUGCCCUGAGACCUCCUGGCAGUCUAGGGCAGUUAUAUAAAUUCAACAAAUAAAACAGAACAAAAUGAGGGGAAAGGUAGCAAAGGGGGAUCCAUGCAAGCCACAAACCCCAAAGAAUCUUCUUCCUCGGUUAGUCAAACCACGCACCCCUUUAGUCUCUUCCCCACCCCGCUAUAAACAAGAAGUAGCUGAGGGUGGCACUGAAAGUGUAUUGAGAAGUCAAGUCUCCUUGAGUUCCGCGGGCCUUUCCCCCUGCCAAGUGGGCUGAGGCGGCUUGGAGCCCUGGAGGCUGCGGGGAGGGCUUGAGAUGGCGGUCGUCCUAACACUCUUGUCUUCCCCCCUCCCCUUUCAGGACAGUCAUUGCAACGUGACGCCCUUGUCCUUUCAGGUGCAGGCGCAGCUGCAGCUCGACAGCGCCGUGGCGCACGCGCACCACCACCUCCACCCGCACCUGGCCGCGCACGCGCCCUACAUGAUGUUCCCGGCGCCGCCUUUCGGGCUCCCUCUGGCCACGCUGGCCGCCGAGUCCGCCUCGGCCGCUUCGGUGGUGGCGGCGGCCGCGGCGGCCAAGACCACCAGCAAGAACUCCAGCAUCGCGGACCUCAGACUCAAAGCCAAAAAGCACGCGGCCGCCCUGGGCCUGUGA